CCCGCUUCCGGAAAGAUGGCGGCGCCCUGGCGGGGAGCGUGGUUCCGGCUGGGCUUCGGCUGGGGGGCGGCGCGGGGCGCGGGGGCGGCGCUGGAGCCGGAGCCGCUGCGGGAGGAGGAGGAGGAGGAGGAGGGAGAGGCCGUGGUGCGCGUGAGGCCCGGCUGGAGCCUGGUGGCUCUCGUCACCGAGCAGGGGGCGGUGGAGCUGCGCGGACUUGGCGGCGGCGCCUCGCUGCGGCUCCCAGGCGACUGCGUGGCGGCGCUUCCGGGCGAGGGUCACGUGCUUGUGGCGCGGGAGGCGGCGCUGGAGGCGCGGGCGGUGAAGCGGGGAGACGGAGCCGGGCGCCGCCUGGAGCUGGAGCUGGAGCUGGACCCGCAGCCGCGCUGGACGAGGCCUCUCGCGCCCACCGAAGCGCCACGCCUCGCCCGCCGGGAAGGCCGCGGAGACGGCCUGCCUCUGGUCCCGGGGGGUUUUGUGACGCCACGACCGCCCUUCUUCCACCCGCUGCCGGCCUCCCUUUGUGCUCGUCGGCUGGUCCUGGGCCACGAACACAUGCUGCUCCUGGACGAGGCAGGGACCCUCUUCUCUUGGGGCAGCGGGAGGCAUGGCCAGCUGGGCCACGGGGACCUGGAAGACCGGCCGGAGCCCCAGGCGGUGGAGGCCCUGCAGGGAGUGGCUCUGAAAGAAGUGGCGGCUGGAGGGUGGCACUCUGCUACCGUCAGCGAGGCAGGCGACUUGUAUCUCUGGGGCUGGAACGAGUCUGGCCAGCUGGGCCUGCCCUCCAAGGCCGCGUCCGAGAGCCAAGGGGCCGCAAGGGACACGGAUGGCGCAGGGGACAGGGCGCAGCCGCAGGGCCCCCCGGGAGCCGACUUCAUCUCCAUCCAGGCCUUCCCGGCACUGCUGGACCUGCCCCGGGGAGCGGAGGCCCUGAAGGCCGGCUGCGGAUCCAGGCACACGGCCGCCGUGACACGGACAGGGGAGCUCUACACCUGGGGAUGGGGUCAGUACGGGCAGCUGGGCCACGGGGACACUGCCAGCUCGGACCGGCCAAGGAGAGUGAACCACUUUGUGGAACGGGGCCUUUCUGUGGUAGACGUCACCUGUGGGCUGUGGGCUACUUUUGUUCAGGUGAGGAAGCCGGAAGAGACCCAGGGUCCGAUCGGAGCAGAGGUCAAGCACUGACCGCUCCAGGAGCUGCUUGGCCCAAGGACCCUGCGCUUCCUCCUGCAGACAACACUGGCACAAAAAGGACUGGCUUUAUGCACAGAGACGUGAGUACAGAAAACACCAUUUAUUUAUUUAUUUAUAUUUUUUAGAUGAACACAGAACCAUCUUGGUAUAUUUUUCCAAAAAGCAAAAUUGCACAAGACAAAACGGGGUUGAAUAUAUGUUUUAAGUUAAGUUACUGAUAAUACGUACUCAAUAUCAGAAUCGACUGGUUGAUUGACUAGUGUAGAGAGGCAUGUAUACAUCAAAAUCGUUACCUGACUAUAUCGGAUAUGAUUUGUUGCUCUGUUAAGCGUCAUAACUAUAAUAAACUGUUUACCAAAAAAAAAAA